AUGGUGCACCGAAUUGCAAUGUCAUUUAACCUCGAUCACAAAUCCAGCGGCGAGGGUGCCAGCCGCGCGUUAAAGCUGACAAAAAUUGGCGGAAGAGUUGAUGCGCUGAAGCGGCAGCAAGAUGCGGCUGAAGGUGGGGUUCGGGUCAAGACCAUCGAUGGGUAUCAAGGGGCGCAAAAACUCGAGCACGACCAUCUCUCUGAAAGUGAUAUUCUCUCGCUUGAAGACAAGCUCAAGCCGCACAAAAGAAGGAUGGCUGCUGCAAUCAAGGCUGUGGUGAAUGAGCCAGCCUGGGAGAGAAAGUGUUUCCGAGUGGUUCAGGGAGGACUCUCUGUAGUACCUAAACUCAGCCGACCAGUCGACUGCGCUCGAUUGAAUCAGUUUCGUAUGUCGCUACCAGCGUACCGGCAUGGCCCACAGAUUAUUCAAUCGGUUCAGGAGAAUUCUGUGGUUAUUGUUUGUGGCGACACUGGCUGCGGCAAAACUACGCAAAUACCGCAGUUGCUCUAUGACGCUGGGAUUUUCGACAAGCACCACGACGUCAUCUGUACGCAGCCUCGUCGAAUCAGCGCACUCUCUGUUGCGCAGCGCGUUGCGACGGAACGAGGUGAGGCCUGUGGAGAUAGCUGCGGGUACGUUAUCCGUUUCGAGAACAUGACGAGCGCGAACUCGCAUAUUAUUUACCAGACUACAGGUAUAUUGCUACGCCGCCUCCACUCUGAGCCGGACCUGAGGGGUGUCGCAUGCGUCGUCGUCGAUGAGGUGCACGAGCGCGAUGUAGAAACGGACUUUUGCCUGCUCUUGUUGCGCGAUAGACUGCGUGCACAGCAGGAGCAUCCGGAGAGAUACCCACUCCAGCUCAAGCUUGUAGUGAUGUCAGCAACAGUGCAGGUGGACGCGCUUGUGUCGUACUUUUCCGGCUACAACAGCGGUCGAGAUAUCCCACUCAUCACAAUCCCUGGUACACUGUUUCCCGUGAGGGAGUUUUUCUUGGAAGAUGCCUUGCGCAAAGUUGGCGCCUCGGCGUCCGCUGUACCGGCGAUGAGACUCCUUUCGAACCAGAAGCGGGAGGCGGAGCGGAGCGCCGACACGCCAGAGGCGGAGGGUAACGCGGCGCUGUACGAACAGCUGAAGUCGGUGGUGUUCGACACGUUUGACCGGGAUGUGGAGGGACUUGUUCCUUACGAUCUUGUGUGUGAUUUAAUCAAGAAGAUUCACGAUGAGUCUCGUUCUCACGUGGAGAGCAUUUUGGUGUUUCUGCCAGGGUGGGCUGCGAUUUCCUGCAUCGCGAAUCGACUCAAGCGCUCACAGUUUGCAAGGGAGCUCUCUAUCUUGAUGCUACACUCUAGCCUUACGACGGCAGAGCAGCAGCGCGUUUUUGAGCGGCCACCGAAACACUACCGCAAAAUUGUGCUCGCCACUAGCAUCGCUGAGACAAGUAUCACGAUCGACGAUAUUGUCUACGUUAUUGACUGCGGUCUCGUGAAGGGGACGUCAUACGAUCCUAUGGGGAACACCAGCGCUCUCAAGGCGACGCUGAUCGGCAAGGCAAACGGGGUGCAGCGACGGGGCCGCGCCGGGCGCUGCCAGGCUGGCGUGUGCUAUCAUCUGCUUCCUAAGGCAGUGUACGAUGACUUGCCCGGUUUCCUCCCCCCCGAAAUCGUUCGGUCUCCACUCGAGGAGGUAUGCUUGCAAUUGAAGGCCAUCGAGUCGAACCAGAAAUGUGCGCAGGUAUUAUCGCGGGCGAUGAGUGCGCCGCCCACGGAGGCAAUAGAGCACGCCGUACAAUUUUUGACGGACAUGGGUGCGUUUACUGUUGAGGAGAAGAUGACGAACCUGGGCAGGGCUCUGGCAGCGCUCCCAACGCACCCACUAUUGGGCAAGAUGCUCUUCACGGCUGCCUGCUUUGGUGUUCUAGAUACCGUCGCAACGAUCGCGGCUGGUCUUUCGGUAAAGACGCCGUUCAUUCGCCCACAGGCCUUUGAAAAGAGCAGCGCUAAAGAAAACCUGCUUCGCAUGGACAACAACGCUCUGUCGGACCACUUUUGCGUCGUAACUCUGUUCACAGAGUGGAUUCGAAGCGGCCGGAGUUUGCAUUACGCGACUUCCCACUUUGCUGAUAACACCACGUUGCGUUCGCUGGAGCGGACGAAGCAGCAGUUCAUCAGACUGGUGCUCCAAUCGUCCUUUGCGAAAGGGAUCGUAUCUCCGGAGGCUCACUUUUCGCGGUACGCAAGCAACAGAGGGCUUGUUAGGCUCGUUCUUCUCUGGUCUCUCUACCCGCGCCUCGCUACCAUCGAGUACCGCGCCAACCGGGGCGGCCAGAACCCUCAGGUGUUCUGCUGGGACAACAAGGCUGCCGUGUUCUCCAUGAAUUCGGUGCUGGGGUUCUACAGGCGUAGAGACUUUGGUGCGAACUCCUUUAUCGUCUACUACGACCGCAUGAACCUCGAGGCGAUGCUGAGCGUUUUCGACGCAACAGCGGUGUCCCCGAUCGACGUUGUGCUGUGCCUGCGCCAGCUCACGGUGCGGCCGCUGCUUGAUGUGCCAGCGCUCUUCUUGGAGGACACUGAGAGCAAGUUGGCGCCGCCCGCGUACCUAGAUGUGAACAGCGUCCCAAACAAGGAGAACUAUGCUGCAAUGUUUUUCGAUGGCGACAAGAAGUUGUACGUGGCCCCGAAGAAGCUGGCCGACGUCCUUCAAACCGCGCGGGACUGCUUAGAUUUCUUCCUCGCCACGUGCAUCAAAAGCGUCCGCGCAAAUAAAUUUCCUGAUUCCUUGGUGCAUGCUUUGGCACAGAUUGUGGGAUAUCCCAUUACUGGCUGCGAUAGACCUGCCACCGGGGUGGCUAGUGCAACUCACAUGGAUCCUGCUAUCCAACAAAUACAGCUGGCUAGCGCACAUCUACCCGGGUUCGCCCGCCGCCAGGGGCAGGGUGACAUGGACUCGGGCGUCUCUGACGAUGAGGCGCCAAUCAUCGGAGACGAAGACGACGACACAUACCUGGGGCGCUUGACCGCAGAGCAAAAAGCAUCCGUGACGGCCGCCUACGGUGACUUGGCGGUGUUCCGCUACGACGGCGUCACAGAGCUCUUGCAUGCGGCCAAGAGGGCGGAGGACUCGUCAGCCUUGCAGGAGGAGAAAAUGGAAGGAGGGGAGGUGAACGCCGCCGGUGACGAUGAAGAAGACGAGGAGGAUGAGGACGAAGAGAUCAUCGUUGCUAACCUGAAUCUUGCGGAGAUGCAAGUUCUGCAAAACGUGUGA